AUGUGCUGCUCGCCCCAGCAUUGCGAUGUGUACAAUGGUGGUUUGCUUUGGAAUACAAAGUGGGGGAAACCCUUUUUAGAUAAGGUUUUUGACCUUGAUAUGAAAUGUCUAGACAAAAGUUUUGAAGGAGUAACAGAAUAUGAGGUACUGAGUAGAAUUCAGCACAGGAACCUUGUACCCAUCCUCACUACAUGUUCGACCAUAGACAAUAAAGAUAUCGCUUUCAAAGCUCUAGUUUAUAAAUUCAUGCCUAAAAGAAAUUUGGACACAUGGUUGCAUAAUACAUAUUCGGGUAGUUCUUCCAAAUGUUUGAGCUUAGCUCCAAGAGCAAGCAUAGCUACCGGUAUAGCCGAUACAGUGGCUUAUUUACACAAUGAUUGUGAAAGAAAGAUUAUACAUUGUGAUCUAAAACCAACUAAUAUCCUUCUAGACGAUGAUAAGAAUGCUUAUUUGGGAGGCUUUGGCAUUGCAAGCCUCAUCGGACAUUCAAGUUUAGUCACCUCAACUAGGCUGAAGGUAACAAUAGGGUACAUAGCUCUAGAAUAUGCUCAAAGUGUGUAUGCAUCAAUCCGUGGGGAUGUUUACAGUUUCGGAAUAGUACUCCUAGAGAUGCUCAUUGAUGAAAGAUCAACAUACCCUAUGUCUGAGUUCAUGUGGUCAACUUUGUGGACAGGAUUCCCUAAAAAAAUUACUUUGUGA